UCUGAAGCAGCGUGAACGCUUGGUAUAUUUAUAGUCAUCAGUUUUCGCACAUUGUAAUUUAUUAUAAAAAAGAACAAAAAGCAUCUCUGUGGUGACGUCUAAUUUUAGUUUGUUUGAGAAAAAAACGCUUAUUUACCUUUUAUAUAAGAGAAUUUAUUGAAAAUGGAUAUUUUAUUCAUAAGCAAGCGUAUUUAUCUUGGAAAAGGAGAUGGGUUUAUUAAUGGAGGAAUUAUUGUUUCUACAGAAGGAAUAAUACAAAGAAUUUUAAAAUCAAGUCAGGAAGUCAAUUCCUAUAUGUACAACACCGAAUCGGAAUCAGUAAUUGAUUUUGAAAAUAUGGUUUUAAUGCCGGGCCUUAUCGACACCAAUGUUCAUAUAAACGAGCCAGGACGAAAGGAUUGGGAGGGGUUUUUAACAGCAACAAAAGCAGCUGCUGCCGGUGGGUUUACUACAAUAAUUGAUCGUGCAACAAAUGCCAUUCCACCAACAACAAAUGCUGCUAAUUUAAAAACAAAGACGUCUAUUGCCCGGGGCAAAAUUUACGUGGACAUAGGUUUUUGGGGUGGCAUUGUUCCAGGAAACUUCAAUGAACUACCAGAACUUGCCAGCUCUGGAGUGAUUGGAUUCCAUUGCUCUCUUUGUCCCACAAAUUUGCCCGAAUUUGAAUACGUCACCAAAGAACAAGUUAAAGAAGCUAUUGAUAAACUAGAUGAUGGAGCAAUUAUUGCAUUUCAUGCUGAGAUGGAAAAAGUUACAACUUUUGUUCCCAAACCAAACGACGACAACGUAAAAAGCUAUGAAUCGUUUUUAAAAACUAGACCGCCAUCUAUGGAAAUUGAAGCAGUCAGCUGGAUAGCUGAUCUAGCUGAAUGCAAUAAAAAAAAACAUUUUCAUAUCCUGAAUUUGAGCGCUGCAGAAACUAUUCCCAUUAUUGAAAAAUCUCAGAAAAACAAAGCCAACCUUACUGCUGAGACGUGUCAUCACUAUCUAACUCUGUGCGCUGAAGAUGUAGAAGACUGUCAUACAGAGUUCAAAACAUGCCCACCUAUACGUCCGAAAGCCAAUCAGGAAAAACUUUGGAAAGCUAUUCAAGACAAAACUAUCAAUAUGGUUGUAUCCGAUCAUUCACCAGCUACUCCCGGUGUCAAGUGUCUUAACUAUGGAAAAACUAGAGGAGAUUUCUUAAAAGCAUGGCCAGGAGUUGCUUCGUUACAAUUUGGUCUAUCAAUAUUUUGGACAAAUUGUCAAAAGUAUGGCUUAGGUCUUGAGGAUGUUUGCCGAGUUAUGUGUGAGAGUCAAGCCAAUAUGUGUGGCAUUCAAAACUUUAAAGGAAAAAUUGAAGAAGGCUAUGAUGCCGAUUUUUGUGUUUGGGACCCUGAGGAGGAGUUUUUGGUUUCACCCGAGAUCAUACAAUUUCGAAAUAAGGCAAAUCCGUACAUGAAUACAAAAUUACGUGGAGUUGUUCAUGCAACCGUCGUUCGAGGUCUACACGUAUUCCAAAAAUAUGAAGGUUUUGGACAACCACUGGGAAAAGUUAUUCUAAGGAAAACAAGUAAAAAAGUUGUAAAGUUUGUAAGACUUUAAAAACAAGUAUUCACAAUAAAAGUUGUUCCAGUUGAUGAAUGUUUUCAAAUUGAUUAA